AUGAAGACUACUCUUGUCACCUUGCUGGCUGCUGUCCUGUGUGUGGAGCAAGCUUACUCAUUUAUGUGCUAUGUGUGCCAAGAACAGGAGUCCAACAAGGACUGUUUGACCAUUUCCAUGUGCUCAAAGGAAGACAAAUACUGCGUGACUAUCCGGAACAACAUUGGAACAGAGCCCAACAAGCCUAAAUACGUCAUCUCUAAGAUGUGUUCUCCAACGUGUCCUGCAACAAGCCAGCAGCAAACCCCACACUAUCAGAGGGUUUCUUGCUGUGAGAAGCCAUUAUGCAAUGUAAAUGGAGUCAGCAGCAUGCAAAGCAGCUAUGGAGUGAUGUCCCUAGGUGCCCUAGCCAGUAUCGCUUACAUGUGGACUGUGAUGGAUUAGGAAAAACUCUCCGUGAUGGCUUUGUUGGCUGAAAUAAAAGCGUGUUGCUCUGGGAUAACUGCUGCUAUCAAAGAGUUGUGCUUUGAGAGAAUCUAAACAAGUUGGGUGCUGAACUCCCAUUGAUUUCCUAAGCCUGCUUGAAUCCUAAGUGUCCUCAGACAUUCAAGUCACCGAAGGAAACGGAGAAAAGACAGACCUCUUGGCAUGUUUGGGCUUUAAAUCGUUACAGCUCUGAAAAGAUGCUCUAAGACAUAUUUUUGUCUCUUAAGGUUUCAAAGCACUGUAAGG